ACUAGAGCAGACCAGAGGGAGACAGCAGCAGCAGCAGCAGCAGCAGCAGCAGCUUCCCCUUAAACUACAGGAAGACCUGAUCCCCACCAGAACUCCACCAGAACUCCACCAGAACUCCACCAGAACCACGCUAGAAGGAUGAAUCCCAUCAUCAGGCGCAGAGAGUCCGUUUGCAGGAGUUUGUUUGGCCCGGUGGACCACGAGCAGCUGCGCCGGGACUUGACGCUGAAGCUGAAGGAGAUCAGCGAGCGGGACAGCCGCCGCUGGAACUUUAACUUCCACACUGAGACGCCGCUGUGCGGCCGGUUUCAGUGGGAGGAAAUACCCGCAGACUGCGCUGCUGCUAUCUAUCAGGAGUCCGCACAGCUGAAGGACGAUGUCUGUGAGGAAGACGACAGGCUGAGUAAAGAAGUAGAAGAAGAAGAAGAAGAGGAAGAAAGCGCAGCCGGGAUCGACCAGGAGAACUGCUCCAGCGUCUCCAACACACACAAGUGUCCCGCUGAAGUGACGCCCGUCCGGAGGAAGAGGAUGCUCUCAAAACCGGCAGCCAAGAACAGAAACAACGCCCGAAUUACAGAUUUUUUCCCAAAGAGAAGGAAAACUACAGAAACCAAGAGCAUCCAGAAUCCUUUCCACACAAGUUCCAAUGAAGCAGCUCUGUGCAAAACAAUAAGGUGAACAUCCUGCUGAAAAUGGACGAUUUACUAUAUUUAUGUUUUAUGGACUGGACCAAGGCCUAUUCACUGCACCAAAGGAUUUUGUUAUAUGUUAUUUUAUUAGCCUAUACACUUUAUUUUAUUGCCAUUUUUUUGUAUUUUGUGAAACGGGGUUAAAUUAUACCACUUUUCUGUUAUUUAUUCUAUUUAUGGACUUUUAUUUAAUGUCUUUGCAUUUUUUUUUUUUUCAUUGAUAAGUUGCUGUAACAAAUAUGUUUGUUUCUAGAUGUUUUUUUUUCUUCUCAUUUUCAUCUGUUUGUUAUGUGAGCCUUGGAAAGACUUAAUGACAUUUUGUUUCCGUGUGUGUCUUUUUCAAUCUUGUUGGUGGAUUUCUGCAAUAAUGAGCUGCUUCGGUUAACUAUAUAGAAAAGCACUGUUUUGUCCUUGUCAUGUUUGCCUAAAUGAACUGAGAUUGUAAAUGCCUACAAAUAUUGCAAUUUUA